AGCCAGCUGAUAGUAUAAACAACAUAUUGAGUGUCGUCUGCUCAUUUGCUUGAUGUUCAGUGUUUACUGCACCUUGUGAAUUAUCAUCAUCUAAGUACAAUAAUUAUUGUUAAAGUUAGUUCAUUUUGAUGAUGACUAUGUACACAACCAACAAACCUGCUGUUCGGGACAGUUUUGAUGAUGAUGAUGUCAGUGAUGAUGUGGAUGACGAAGUCUUCAUACGAGACGGGAGAAAUGGUUUCAAGAUGGACGAGGAGAGGGGGGCCAAGCGUCCUCUAAUGGCUCCAAGAAGAAAAGUCAAAUCAAUGCCAGGCAGUCAAUUCCAUCCUGAGAUUUGCAAACAACCACAAUGUAGAACGUUCUGCGUCCCUUGUUGCUAUGGGCUCCUUGCACUUGUUGCUUUGUUUGGAUUGGUUAUUUUAGUAGUAGUGGUGAUAAACAUGUUCCCAUUCCCAUUGGACAGAAUACGCCUCUGGUCAGAAAAUAUAGUCCAACACAAGAAACUUGUACUUCCCUGCACCGAUAUGAAGACUCAGGAUGUUUGGAUCAAGACUUUCCCUAAACUGACUUCAGAAGCGUCCUUGAAAUUGAAUGAUGUCAACCGAGAUGGUAUCCAAGACAUCAUAGUAGGAUAUGGGACAGGAGCGGACGAUAUGGGACUUGGAGAGGAGGUGUGUCCCAGUUAUCUGCCAGGAGUGUCUCCGUGUCUGGGCGGAGUGAUGGCACUGGACGGACGCUCUGGCAGUGUAUUAUGGCAACACUGGACCCAUCGCGGUGUGCUUUAUGUUGACUGUUCUACCGACAUAACUGCUGACAAAACCAACGACUGUGUCAUCUCUGGGAAGGGUGGUGUGCUGAGUGCGCUGAAUGGUCGGGACGGAACUGUCAUCUGGGAGUUGAAGAAACCUCCGACCAAGGAAGAGGUUGAUGUUUACGCUGUACAGUUUAUCGGUGAUGUUGAUUACGACUUGGUGCCAGACAUACUCACCACACACUCAUCAAUACAGGGAGGACAAGCACAAGGACACUUGCUAAUCCUGAAUGGGCGAAGCGGCAGCGUUCUAGCUCAGGUCGCUACACCCAACUAUGAGAGUGUAUACAGUCACCCUGUGGUCACGGUGGGGCCGGAUGGGGGCAGGAUCGUGCUUCUGUCUACUGGUAGUAUCGAGUCUCCUGGCGGACUUUACGCAGUCUCCCUUCAUCUGCUCACCACAGGGAACAUAUCACAGAGUUUGCAGCUCCUGAAGGGAGGAGUCAAUGAAGCCCCUGUACUUGUGGACUUAAAUAAAGAUGGCACUGAAGAUAUCGUGGCGAUUUCAGAAGACAGGGUUACUGUGAUCGACGGCAUUACUUUGGAACAAAUGUGGAAUACAACCUCAACGUCUUUGUUUGGAAAACUUCAGCUGCUCAACUCACCAACUCUGGCUUACUUCAAUGAUGAUGACGUUCCAGACAUAUUAUUCACCCACAUGGUUGGUACAACAUAUCCUGAAUACUUCUUUGCACAGACCACUGUUGUGGAUGGCCGCACAGGUGCACCCCUACUAGACCAGCCAAUGACUAGUUCUGCAUACGUUGAGACCCCUGGGCUCACUCUCAGUGUAUCAGGACAAGGGAAUGACUUCUUCCUCUACUGGGUAGCUGUGUGCGUCGGUCACGAGGAGACCCAACAGCGCUUUGCCUUCCUCAACAGUACACCAAUCAAACAAAGAGUAAAAGCCGAUUUGUGUAAACUUCGGUUCAACUCUACUCUGGAUAUGCGACUGUAUGCAUUGAGUCAGCACACGGCACCACCUGGCCUGUUAGUGUACUCCUCAGGAUCUCGGUGGCCAGAGCAGCACAACAGCAGUUGGGUUUCACCAGCCGAGCCUCAGCAACCAAUGUCAAACUUCCACCACAAGGGUGACUCUGUGGAGCAUCUCAAGGCGUCCCCGCACCGGUCUCACAGCACCUUCCAUCGGCAGCAGUUCGGAGCACAAGAGUUACCGAUAAGCCUAGAAGAGUACGAGAGAUUUCCCCAGAGAAGGCCUCAUGCUGAGUGGCAUCCGCAGGAGUCGGCUUACGGCAACUCUCUGGACCUUCAGAACAGAAGGUUUUCGAAUUUGGGCAUGUACAGCAACAUUCUCAAUGAGGGAUUGCCAGAGCUGGAACCAGGCUUUGGGCAGGAUGGGGAGGAGGUUCCUCAGCUGUAUCCUCCUGGGACUUUGGGGAGAGAUGAGAGGGAAGACUCCGAACCCAGGAUCCGACGCAGCAUCGUCAGUAGAGGACUACCUCACAUUGGAUCUGCUGGUGCUUUAGUGCCCUCUCUGGAUGGUGGGGGUGUGGAUGUGGUGUUGACCACUCACUGGCUGCCGGCGUCUAGCAGUGUAUACAUCAGGCUGCCAAGGGACGAACAGUGCAUCCAGGAGCGCAUGGCCAGGAUCUCCCCAGAAAAGUAUGAUGAUCUGGAGGUGUUGAGAGCAACUGUGGAAGAGCAGUGUCUGCUGGAACGAGGGGUUUCUCGAGGGGCCAACACUUCCCCGCCAGCCCCACCCAGCCAGUUGACCGUGUGUCGCCUGCGGCUGACUUGUAGCUGUGAUGCAGUAUCUCCACCUGCAGAAUUGUGUGCUCGCGUAUUGCCAUAUGCCGCACAGAGCUGGCCGCAGCGCGGGCCCAACGUCUUCUUCAGACCACAUUCCGACGAGCAUCCCGUACUGGCUUAGUGACCGUAUCUUAUGCUUCUAUUGUAUUUGCACAGUAUAAUAUUUUUAUAAUUUUGUCUAACCUAAGCUACUAUUUGCAACAUGGAAACAUGAGAACAAGUCUUUCAAUUUUAAAUUUAGUGAUGUUACUUAUUUUGGACUUUUAAAUUUACAGUAUGCACUCUUUAGUUACUGUACAUUUUUGUCUGGUGUAAUAUAAUAUGAUUUCUGAGGAUAAUAGGAAAAUUUACAUGAAGUGGUGGAUAGUAUGAGGUAUUAAAAUAAGGUCUUUUCUGUUGAUGCACACUAUAACAUUUACAAAACUCACUCUUUACAAACUCUUUAUCAGUGGGUCUGACUUUUAUUCAUUUAUUUUAUUAAAA